UUAAUUUCGCAACAAACAAUCAGCAAUUUUGCCCUUUAAACUCUAAAAUAAACCUGUCAUUUUUUUAUGACCUUAAACUUUGUCAAGUAAAUAAAUAUAUAAUAGUUAUAUAUUAGUAGAGUGAUAUAUAUUUGUUGUAAAGAUGUAAUUUAUUGUUACAAAGUAAUUCGUGGGUGUGAAAAUGGCGAAUUACAAAUAAAAUUUAAACCUAUCAAGUGAAUUAACAGACUACGUGCCGACAAUCGAUUUUUCGCACGUAGAUCAGAACCAACGACGUAUCAUUCCUAUACCAGCGACUCGCUGCAUUCCCUGAUAUAAUUAUAAAAUAUAUCUCGACAGAAAUUUUUAAUAUAUAUAUAUUGGCUGAUAUAUUCAAAAUUACCUGUAGAGUUUGAUAGUAAAAAAAAGUCUUGAGUUGUGUUGAUAUUUGUGUGAAAAAAAAGUUAUUAGACUUAAGGGUAAUGGUAUUUGAAUAGUGAAGUGUAAAUAAUGAUUAGUGAGUAAAAACAGUCAUAAACGGCGUCUACCGAAAAUGGAAUAUCGGUGAGGUCACGAGGUCACCGCAGAAUGCCUGAGCCGAGGGCAAAGCGCUGUAAACACUGUGAGGAGUCUAGCCACAGGUUGGACAGUGGCUCCCCGUUUUGGAGGAUACAACUAGAUCAAGACCUCCUGGAUACUAUUAGCGCUAUUUAUCCUGAGUGGUUUAAGGAUUAUACAAACAACACUAGAACCUCAAUAUCCUCAAUUAUUUCUUCAUCACCCAGCCACCAAUCCAGCAACGACGAAUCCACAAUACCAACUAAUUCUAGUGACCCUAUCGAAAGUCAAGGCCACAAAUCAGCCAAAGUCGAAGUCAAAACCAAGUCCAAGGCCAGGAAACUUGAGAGAUCUAAAGAUCGAAGGGAGAAACGUCAAAUUAGAGAAGUCGAUAGGGAUAAUUUGACAGAGACUGAAAUCGAUAAAAAAGGUUCAAAGCAUCAGCAUUCAGGAUCGCGAUACGAAAGAACGCCGGACAGUUCUUCAACAACGGGGAGAAAGUCGGCGGGUGGUGCCACUGAAGACACAUCAGCUGAAUCUCAAGACACAACGGCGAUGGCUGAAGGCAAUAGAUCGUCCCCUCCCAAAGCGGAAGUUGACGACUCGCCUCUACAAUACGCCAUGGACCGCAACAAAGAAUCACUUAAAGUUAAGUUAAUGCUGAGGAGACCAAUUACCCAGCUAGUUGCCCAGGGUAUUAUGCCAUCUCCAAAAACACCCCCGGCAUUUCACGAGCAACGUAAACAAUUGGAGCGCGCAAAGACCGGAGAUUUAUUGAAAGCUAAAAUUCAGCGUAGACCUGGACGUGAUGAACUCGUACGACAGCAUAUACUUGAAGAUGUCGGACAUGUUGACCCAAGUCUUGCUGAGAGACAACGAAUGCUAAAGAAAGCGCGACUCGCUGACCAGCUUAACGACCAACUCAGUCAUCGGCCUGGUCCACUCGAACUUAUUCAGAAAAAUAUUCUUCACACGGAGGAACCCAUUGAGAGGGCAGUCAAAGAGGGCCACAUUCCCUUCAAAGCGACCUGCGAAGGUCAGGUGACAAAACCCCAACCUCCAGACCACUACAUCACCUUCGAAGAUGACUCUCAGAGCUCCGAAGGCGUACCGUCCCCGCCGAUUGAGUCUCGGACAGACGUACUAGAGACAGCAGCAACGUCCGCUGGAAUAGUAACCGUUUCCUUGAGUAUUCCAACCACCGGUGGUGCUGUCGUUGUUUCCUCGAGCUCGCCGGUAUUCCAGCAGGCAACCGGAACCGAACCAACGAUACAAACCUUCGCAGAACUUUGCAAUAGUGUCGUUGGUAACCAACAGCAGCAACUCCAGCAACAUCAGCAGCAGCAACAGCAGCAACAAAAACAACAGCAGCUCAACCAGCAACUUGUCCAGCAUCAAAACCAACAACACACGUCGUCUCAGGCUAGUCAGACGAAUGGCCCUGGCACGACACUACUCCCUCUGGCUCCUGCCCCUAGUCCUAUGUCACUUGGAUCGACAACAUCGAGCUUAAGUCCGCUGUCAAAUAUAUCAAUAGCAUCGCCGCCAGCACCUCCACCACAAGCGAUAACACCAAGACCUCAACCGAGUCCAAUAUCAGUGACGGUUUGUCAGAGAAGUGACGCGCCCGGUAAAGACAAAAAUCGUAAAAAAUCUAAAACUAAAAAUCAGCCUAAAACUCGCACUAUCAAAUUUCACGAAUACAAGGGUCCGCCAAACGCGCAAAAGACAUCGGUAUCGUCUACUGCACCGGGUCUAGGAUCCGCGUCACCUGGGGAAACGAGCUAUGAGCUGCUUCUCCAUCAACAGCAGCUCUUCCUACAGUGGCAACUUGAGUGGCAGCACAAGUAUCCAAAAAUAAUUCUUCCGGCUGCACAAAAGCCAUUAUCGCUAACGAGUAGCGGCGGCAGUGAUGCCGGUAGUAUAAGUGGUGGAAGUGCAAAUGCACCGAGUCCUGCACCCUCUAAUUCAUCAAACAAUCCCUCGGAACAGCCGCCAUUAAGGCCGUUGGGAAAACUCGAGGACAUGAAAGUCAGUGAUCUUAAAAUAGAACUCAAGAGACGAAACCUUCCGGUCUCGGGUUCAAAGCCUCAAUUAAUUGAACGAUUAAAACCUUACACGGAGACCUCGAGCACCAGCUUAACAGGAAACUCAAACGGGCCUAUGAUUACACAUAUGGGACACAUUCUUAUGGAUACUCCGGGUCCAUUAACGUCUGAUGACUCUAGUUCGCAUGCCAAAAGUCCUGACUCUCCGAUAAAAGACGAACCUCAUAGUCCGAGAAUAGAUUCGCCUCACAAUAGUGAACAUGAUGAUCCAGCCAGUCCACCAGGUGAUGACAUAAUAAAAGAACAACGCAAACGUAUAGAAGAAUUACAACAGGCGCUUUACAUAUCCCAGCAACAAUUGCAAAAAAUCCGUCAAACUCAACCAGCAACAGUAAGAGCUGAGAAACUCGUUCUCCAGCAUCAUCUACAAAACAAAAUGCAGCAGCAGCAACUGGCCCUCCAUUUGCAGCAGCUGCAACAUCUCCAACAGCAACAGCAGCAGCACCAGCAGCAACAGAAGCAGAACCAGCGGCUACAAAACCAACAGCAACAACAGCAGCAACAACAUGCUGCCUUCCAACAGCUUAAUGCUAAAGCUAGUCUCGCUGCUUUUCUCCAAUCCCAGCCAAAUAGUACGACGAUAUUGGACUCCGCGACCCUGACUACUAUUAAUAAUAAAAAGAAUCAAGUUAAAAAUAAUAAUAAUAAUAGCAAUAAUAUUAUUAAUAAUAAUAUUAAUAAUAAUAGUAGUAAUAAUAAUAAUAAUAGUAAUAAUAACAGCAAUACGACAGUUCAAUUACCAGCAGCAAUAGUACUAAAUUUAUCGAAGCCUACUAAAAUUAACGGGUCGUUACUUGGCGCACUUGUGGCUCAAGCUCAGCAGCAGCAACAGCAGCAGCAACAACGGCCUGUAAGCACGACGAUAACGUCAAUAGAAGACAAAUCGUCACCUCCGCAGUAUGAUGACGCAGCUAAAUUACUAAAGGUCAAAAUCGAACCAGUGCAAAAAAAUCACAUAAAGAGUCAAGUAGUGGACGAUGUCUUAGAAAUUUUAAUUAAAAAUGGAGAACUACCGCCUAGUGCGGCACAAGAUCCAGCGACUCCAACUACACCGAACCGUCAGUUGCAACAAAAUUUAGUAUUCUCAGCGGCAGCAGACAGCGCAACACAAAAUUUAGUAUUUACCGCAGCCAGUCCGAUAAGUCCAAUGGCGAUGGAUGUCAGUCAGAGUGGAUGUCCAAGUUCGCCAGCGUCAUCUUCACCCCCUGUACCUCCUCCAUUACCAUUAGCGACAUUCUCCGUACAAUUACCCAGUGCUCUGCACCAGCACGGGCAGCAUCAAGACGAAAUUCCAUCAUUUACCGCUGAUUUAUUGAACUCAAACCCUGAGCUCGACACCGCGAUGCUUCUGAGUCCACAAUCUGUGCAGCAGGGAUCUCCUGAUCCGCAACCUCCACAAGAAGUAACGUCUUCCGACAACACAAAUCUCGACCUCAAGGAACUGGGCUUAGAUCUAGAAACCCUCGACACCAUGGACUUUGGUCAGUUGGAUUGUGAUCUAGGAGUUAAAAUCGAAGCACCCCAAGAAUUCAUGGAUCUCGGUGACAUGCCAAUGGAUAUGGAUGAUCCUGAUUGGCUUGACUCCCUGAUGCCGCAAUCACCUCCACCUUUACAGCAGACCACAAUCAACCAGUCCAACAAUAAUCACAACAAUUCAUCACCAGUUUGUACUCAAUCGACAGUAUCAGAUCUUUACGAUCCGCUUCUUGCCAACAGUCAAGAUCCCUUUGAUCUUUUUAAUAUGGAAGAUUCUGAUUUUAAAAUGUCCUCUGAUCUUUCUCUCACUUGGGACAAACUUGACUUCGCGACCUAGCCCGAAAUAUACUAUUGGGAUCUGGCCAUUUGUACUUAGCAGUAAAAAAAAAAUUAAUUUAUUUAUUAAUUUAAUUAUUUUAUCGUCGUGUCAAAUGAACAUUGAACGCGUCGUGAUAGAUGUGAGUCUGAUGGUCCUGCCGAUGCUCUAAUCAAAUGUACUUAUGUAGUUUAAAAAAAAAUUAAUUUUUAUUGUAUAAAAAAAAAUGAUAAAUUUUUUAUUAAAUUAUUUUAAAAAUUUAUAAACGUUUUACUACUUGACAGCUGUCAUUUUAUUUAAUCUGUAAUUAAGUAUGAGUCAAUUUAUUUUAUUUUUAUUAUUAUUUUUAAAGUAAUUGUUAAUAAUUAUUGGAAAAAAAAAAGCUUCGUGCUAUCGUGGACCAAGACUGGAAAAUAAGUGCGCGUAAUUGUAUGAAAUUUAUAAAUUUUUAUUUGAGAAAAAAUAAACUGCUCGUGAUAAUAAUUAUUAUCGUUGAUGAAAAUUUUUUACGAUCAGUCUCAAAAACUAGGGAACAACAAAAAAAAAAAUCGGACGAAUCGAUUGGAAAGACUUAAAGUGCGAGUGUUGGCGGCGGUUUUUAAAAUUCUCCAAAGAAUUAAUGUGUAGAGGUUUUAUAAAAAUUAGUUUUACUCAACCUCAUGUGUGUUAAUUGCUUGAGUUAUUGUAAUAACUGCAGGUUAAGUGUGUGCUAAAAAUACGACCAGAAAAAAAAAUGAUAAUAAUAGAAUCCAAAACCUCGUAGUUGAUUGGGUAGAAAUUAGGGAUGUGCGGAUCGGGUUCGAAUCUAAAACUAUUCGAUUCGAAAUUUAUCGAAUUUUCAACAGCCCCCCUCCCCCCACUUUAAAAAUAGGCAGUGACUCGUCAUGACGGUAUUCAAAUUUUAUAAAUUAAUUUUUUAAAAAUUAACAAAAUUUAUGUAAUAAAUAGGGACAAGAUUUUUGCCUUAUUUUUGAAAUGAGUAGUUCAAAUUUUUGAUAUUACGGGGAAAAUAUCGGUCUUAGUAAAAAAGUUUUCAAAUAAAAGUUGUAGGAAAUUUAAUUUUCUAAAAAAAAUGUCUCUUAUGAUUUUUUUAUACGACCAAUAUUUUCACCGUAAUUCCAAAAUUAAGAUUCAUAAUGAAUGAUUCAAAAUUUUGUUAAUUAUGAAUAUCUUAAUUUUGA